ACAAGGAGUUAUUUUCUGCACAACUAUCACCCCUUGUCCAUUUUGCAAGUUCACUAGGGCGAUGGGGAUCAUAAUACAAGGCAGCAACUAGGCAUGGCCACGGGGCGGGUUACCCGGAACUGAACCGGUCCCGAACCGCUUGAAACCGGAUCCGAAACUGAAACCGUUUGCGACAGGUUCCGAACCGCCCCGAACCGCGAAACCGUGAAACCGCCUUGAAAAAGUUGCCGGAACCGUGAAACCGCCGGAAAAAAUCGUCGUGAACCGGGAAAAAAAACCGCGAAUUGGAACCGGAACCGGUCCGGGAGAACCGGUACAGCGGUUCCAGAGAACCGGAACCGGAACUGGGACCGGUCCGGGUGAACCGGCUCAACGGUUCCAUGGAACCGGAACCGGUCAAACUAGCCGUUUUAUUACCGUUUUCUAGCCGUUGGAAUUUCCCCUAUAAAUACUCAUCACUUUCAAUCAUUUUCAUUCACAACUCAUCUCUUCUCCUACUCUCUCUACUUACUCUCUCUACUUAAUUCUUUAAUUACGCAAUUAUUCUCUUAAUUACAUAAUUAGUGUUUUAAUUAUUUCUUAAUUUAGUUAAUUACAUAAUAAUAAUUUAUUUAUUUCUUAAUUCUAUAUUUCUAUUAUUACUUCAAAUUAUCAAUCAUGUCUUCAUUUUUGAAAAAAGCCACAAAAAAGUUACUAAAGUGGCAAAAUCAUUGGGAGGUUCUAGUUUGUCCAAAAGAAAGGCCACUUCUACUCCGUCGGUAUCAACAACACCUUCCAUUAGUAAUUAUAAUUAUGAACAUAAUUAUCCGGAAGGGUACGACCCGGAGUUACAUAAUUAUGCAGAAGAAAUGGAAAGAGAAAUACAAAUUGAUGAAGAAGAAGAACAAGAAGAGGAACCAACGACCCCAAUUGGGAUACAUAUAUCUCGACAGUCAUCAACAAGGUCACAUGAAGAACAAGGAGAACAACAACAACAAAGACAAGCUCGUGGUAAACGAGUCAAUUUCCAAACUAUCGAUGAAGAUGAACCAGUAAGACAACCUUUUCCGGCAAUGCCACCUCCUAGUGGUAGAGCUGUUUCACAUGUGUGGUCGUAUUUCACAAAAGAACCAACCGAGAAUCCAGAUGUUUUCUUAUGCACUUGUCAAAUUUGUGAAAGUCAAGGAGUAAAGCCCUUAGUUUCAUACAGUUUCGCCAGAGGUGGUGGUACGGGAUCUUUUAACAAACAUUUGGCAAAGAAGCAUGGAAUCACAAAAGAAACUCAUGCAGCAAGCGGGAGCGGGACCACAAGUGGAAGCCGACAGACACAAUGGGACAUUCCCAUCACAGGUAUGCCUUUUAGAUACAAUCGUAAUGACAUGAUUGAUGAAUUUUCUAGGUAUGUAAUUUGUGAUGAAUUGCCUUUUAACCACGGUGAAAGUAGGGCAUACGAGCGUCUCAAUAGAAAAACUUUGCAACCACAAUAUAGAGCAAUCCCUAGGAGCACUCUUAAAAGACGCACAUUUAGAACCUUAUAUGUGUGUAACAGCACACUGGAUAGAUCGAAAUUGGAUUAUGCAAAAAAGAAUAAUUGCUUUUGAGACAAUGCCAGAAAGACAUACCGGUGAAAACAUAAAAUAUAGAUUAGUAGAGAUAUGUAGAGAAUGGAACUUAUUAGAUAAAAUAUUUUGUUGUUCAACUGAUAAUGCGACCGCGAACAUUAAAUGUAUAGAACUUUUGUUUAACGAACCUGCUUUUAGUUUAAUCCUUGGGGGUAGCUUAUUACACAUACGUUGUUGUGCGCAUAUAAUUAACUUAUCUUGCCAAGCAGGCAUAAAACAAUUAAGUGAUUUAUUAGAACCAAUUAGGGAUAUAGUGAAAUGGCUUAGGAUCGGAAAGAUAAAAAGACGAUAUAAACAAUUAUGUGACCAAUACCAACUUAAAAAAGUGUAUUGGUCAUUAGAUACUCCUACACGUUGGGGCUCAACCAACGAUUUAUUAAGAAAGGCGAUUGUUUAUCGCCCAGUAAUAACACAACUAUAUAGUGAGUGUACAGAUAGUUUCAUAGCUGAUGACACUUGGGAAUUAGCUAUAGGUGUACAUAACAUAUUAGAAGCGUAUGACCACGCGACUAAGAUUUUUUCUUAUGUUUAUGAACCCAACGUUCACUUAGUAAUAAGUGAAUGUAUUACUAUUUUUUAUCAUCUCCUUAAAUAUACACAUGAAGAUACUAACCCAAAAUGGAGGCCGAUUCUUGCAGAUAUGAUGGAAAAAUGGCAAGCAUAUUUUACCGAUUUUCCUUAUAUUUAUGGAAUCGCCCGUCUACUGAGGUCCUUACUAAAGUAAUAGGAUUUUAUUACCAAUCGUUAGAUCGCCCGUCUACUGAUGUACAUAAUUAUGUAGGAACAUGUAAAAAAUA